AGUGCGUUGGCUGUACUUCUCUCUCCUACUUGGUUGGGUUACUACAGACCUGGACAGCCUGCAGAGCUGGAAUAAACGACAGAAGGACCGUUGUUCAAAUCAAAUGAGUGAAAGCACAUCCUUUGUUGGACUCUUUCUGGGGUUCCUGCUCAGUGCGACAGGUGUGCAUGCCUCCUGUCCCAUUGAGUUGAGCCCCCCCAGUGUGGUGGUGAGAUAUGGAGACUCGGUCUCAGUCAACUGCAGCACAUCGGAGAGCCUCUCUAAAGGAAUGGGCUGGGAGGCUUCAGAAGGAGGCACGGGUGUAAAGCAGGUCAACCAUCUGGUCUGGACCGUGGCGAACCUCACUGACUGGACUGCCUCUCCCUCAUGCUUCAUCAACCUAUCACCGGGCAGCCAUUUUGAACAGUGUUCCCAGGACCCAACAGUUGUACUUUACACAUUCCCAGAAACCAUCAGUAUCCGCUCCAGCGGCGGUGCAGGUGGUGUGAUGAAUGAAGGAGAGACAUAUAACUUCACCUGUGCCAUCCACAAUAUAGCACCUGUUCAAAAUCUCUCCGUGCUGUGGUACAAGGGAGAUGCAAUGGUCUUUGAAGACACUUUUGACAAUCCCAGUAAGAAACCAGUGAAUCACUCAUCUUCAUGGAGCAUCACACCAACCAGACAAGACAACGGAGUCACGUUCAAAUGCGAGGCACAUCUGGACCUGAUGCCAGAAGGACCUCAACUUAACGCAUCUUCACAAGGCUUUCAAAUUACAGUUCACUUUGGACCAGAUGUGCAAUGUUUUUCAUUGGACAUACUGGAGUUACGGGAAGGAGAAACAUUGGAGAGCAGAUGCCAUGUGACAGGACAUCCCAGCCCCAAAGUCAGCUGGCUGAAAGCCGACCGGCCCACCGACCCAGCCGUCCCUCUGAGCAGGAGCGAUGCCGGCCGGUACACCAUUCAUGCUGAGGGCGCCACCAUCAUCCGGAAGGAGCUGUCGGUUCAUGUAUUGUAUGGACCAGAGGUAAAGUGUCCAGACACUCACACAGCAGUGGAGGACGCUCCUCACAGCCUCUCCUGCGUUGUGAAGGGCUUUCCGAAACCUGAGGUCACCUGGUACAAAGAUGGCAAGAAGGCGGAACUUCCAGAGAACCUAACAAGAAACGACACAGGGCAGUACUGGAUCAACGGUUCAAGCACUCUGUCAAGUGUCAACCACACCCUGGAUAUCAAUGUCAUAUACCCACCGUCACAGAUAGUUGAGCUCGAGGACUCUGAAGUUGACGUUGGUUCUACCGUGUGGCUGAAGUGCUCCUCGACAGGCAACCCACGACCACAAUAUUCAUGGGAUUAUUACCAGACUACCAAUGUGGUGGUGCAAAAUGAAGAUGGAGUGUCCCAUCUGCAAAUCCACAAUGCCACUGCAUACAACACGGGCUCCUACACGUGUCACGCCUCGAACGACAGAGGAAAUGUCUCUGAAACAGCCAGAGUCACAGUGAAAGGUGCCAGCCCAGAAUGCCCCAUCGAGAUAACUCCAGACAGGAUGGUGGUGCCAUACAAGGGCAGAGGCCUGCAGCGUGCGAUAUGCACACCAACACCCAGUGCCUCCACACAUCUCCGUGACAUAUACUGGCAGGGUGCCAGAACUAACGGCACAACUUGGUCUAGUUAUGACUCUGAAGACUGGGACCUGAAGCCUGUUUGCACUGCGACGUUUAAAGUCAAAGGAACAUGCCAGAAACAUUUAAACUACACCCUCUACAAAACACCGGACAGCAUCUCCAUCCGUCCUGUGGAUAACUUGAGCUCAGUGGUGGAGGAGAGAGAGUUCCAGCUGAGGUGUGACGUUACCAGCGUUGCUCCUGCAGGAAGCGUCGCUGUGCGUUGGUACCGAGGGAAUGAAACCUUCGAGCCACUUAGCAAAGGCCCCCUGCGAGUGACCGGCUGCCUGCCUGAGAACGACACAAAGUGUGACCUGAGUGUCGUCCGCUCCGCGCUGAACAUGUCGUCCACCAUCAGCGUCACUCUUUACAGAAACGACACCGGCGUAGAGUUCAGAUGUGAGGCUCAGUUGGAUCUCGGACCUGCGGGACCGCGGCCUCCUCCGAAGAUGAUGUCCAGUCCUCUCAACGUCACCGUCUACUAUAAGCCCGUCAUUAAUACCACAAAGCUUCCAAAGGCGAUCCCCGUGUUCAGAGGUUAUCCUGAGGAGCUGGUCUGUGAAGCCGACGGUAACCCGCCUCCAAAGAUCCAGUGGCUCUACAGCUCAGACAAAGUUCCCCACGUGUCCGGAGACACGCUCACCGUGUCCGAGCCCGGCGUCUACAGCUGCAACGCCACCAAUGAGGUUGAUUCCAUCUACCACGAGGUCAACGUGAUUUUAAAAGAGGACUACCUUCCCCUCAUAGCUGGAUUCGUGGCUGUCACAGUAGUCGCCAUCUCCGUCGUCUUCCUCUUCAUCUACUCAAUCUACUACAAAAACACCAAGAUGCGCCGUUACAGCCUUAAGAACCCCAAACUGGAGGCCCCCAGUAGCAACGUAGCCCACAACGGCUGGGACAUGCAGUUUCCUAUGACCAAACUGUCUUAUCGCACUAACAGGAAGUGCACCACGUCUGGCCUCUCCGAAGGGCAGCCCGUGAGCUCGUCCUGUCCCGUCCAGAUGAGCCCCCCGAGCGUUGUGGUGAGAUUUGGAGACUCCUUCUCGGUCAACUGCAGCUCAUCAUCUGACCAGAUCGAGUCGAUGGGCUUGGAGACUAUGUACGGCAGCGCAAAGACUGAAGGCCUCUCUUAUGUUAACAUAACGAUAGAGUCUGCGAGAGACUGGAACAUCGGACCCAUCUGCUACAUUAAUCGUGUCAUUGAUGGUCAGUGUUUAGAAACGCUUUCAGUCACCGUUUACAAAAUGCCGGACAGGGUGUCCAUCUCUCAGCCAAGUCUAGAGGGCCCCCUGGUAGAGGGCGACCAGUACAGCAUACAGUGUGACAUUGUUAAUGUGGCACCAGUAAGCAACCUCUCUGUGCACUGGCACAAAGGAGAUACCAUCUCCUACACGGAGAGGUUUGACGGCUCCAGUACAUCUCCAGUCAACGUCACGUCUGUCUUCGACCUGACGGCCCAAAGGGGCGAUGAUGGAACUCAAAUCUGGUGUGAAGCACAGCUGGACUUCUGGGGACCAGUACCAAAUCUGACCACGAUCAAGUCGGAGUCACGUGACGUGAUUGUGCUGUACUCGCCGACCUUCAUGGAGCCCGAAAAUGUGACGCUGGAGCUCCCUGCUGGCGGUAAAUUCACUUUAGAUUGCGCUGCUGCAGGAAAACCAACGCCGGUUUACAGCUGGCAGUUCCCACACUCCAUACAACAGACCAAUCAAAAUGAGAACCAAUCCUCUUUGGCCCCGUCCAUUCAGCUUCCAGGCACCUAUCGGUGCACAGCGUCUAACAGCCAGGGCUCCAAGGCCAAAUAUUUCACUGUCACCGAAGCUACAAGGAAUCGCACAACCUUUGGAGCCUUGGUUGGAGGAUUUGUGUUCCUGGGAGUCGUGAUCAUCAUUGCCGGUCUUUUUUUGGUGACACCCGAAGGCACCUUUUCUUUAGGCAGAGGCAUUGCGUUUAACCCAAAACAUGAUCUGUUCCUGAACCUAACCACAAAGGUUAGCUGCCUGAACCUCAGGAGACGUCUGGCCCUGAAUGCAAACUCCUCCCGUGUGCAUAAAUGUGCAGAAAAUAACAUGGGAAUCAACUUUCUCAAAUGGAUCCUGACGCUUUGCAUGUUUUACUUCGUGUCAGGUGAAGGCUGCUCCCUGAUCCUCAAGCCCUCCCGGGUCGUGGUGGGCUUUGGGGAGCCGGUGUCAGUCAGCUGUGAAGCUGCUCGCCCGGUUCGUGUCCUCGGUUGGGAAUCGGCCAUCAGCGCCGCUCACACUCAGCAGGAGCUGUCGGUCCAGUGGAAGGUGGACAGCCUCAUCGACUGGAUCGAGGAGCCCAUCUGUUACGGGGUGUUUUUCACGGACCCCAGACAGUGUGAGGAGAAACUCAACCUGGUCCUCUACAAGACCCCUGAUAGCGUCUCCAUCCGGCCUGUGAACCACACCGGCCCCAUGGUGGAGGGGAAAGAGUACCAGCUGCUCUGUGAAGUUCAGAACAUCGCUCCGGUCCAGUACCUCACCCUGAGGUGGUACAAGGGCCAGACUGAGGUUUACAACCACUCCUUCACCGAACUCACAUCCUCCUCGCCUGUCCAAGUGUCCUCCGUCCUCAUGGUCACACCAACCAAAGCCGAGAAUGGAGCACAGUACAGGUGCGUAGCGGAGCUGGAGCUCGGACCAGAGGGACCACGACCGCCUCCUACUGUGACCUCGGAGCCUCUUAAUGCCUCUGUGUACUUUCCCCCGAUGUUCCUCAGUCCCGAACCCGAGGUUUUGGACCUUGUAGUGGGGGCUGAAAUUACCUUGAACUGCACGGCCACAGGAAACCCCACACCCGUGUACAGCUGGCAAUCCUCCAAUCCCAAUGAAGAGAGGAUGGAGGAUGAAGCAGCUCUCACCUCCCCCUCACUGCUCCCAGGGACCUACACCUGCACUGCCUCCAACACACUGGAGAAGAAGAGCAAGCAGUUUGUUGUCAAAGCCAAGACCAAAGGUGCUUGAAACCAGACAUCUUGAGAUUGGAUCAGAUGACCACAUUGGACAUACAAGGAUUCUAACUAAGCGGAUUUUACUGCUGCAGCUUUGGAGACGGAAAUGACAAUGACUCAACAGAUAUUUAUGAGGAUCUUGCUGUCAGACAGAAUUAGAUGUCAUUUAAAAAAUAUAUAUAUAUUUGAAUAUACUAUGUUUGGUAACUGUCAUUUAAUUUGUCAGUAUUUUAACAUGUUUUCUGUGCGAUAGAUUGGUGAAAUAGUUCCUUUGUGAUACCCUGUCCCUAGUUUAUAUUUUUCUAGAAUUAUUUUCAUAUUAAUGAAAUUAUCUUGUAACAUUAUGAUAGCUACUCUUGAUAUAGCAAUGAUGACUACAUUAUCAUAAUUUUUUGCUGAAAGUUUAAUUCCGAAUGUUAAAGAUCAGCAGGCCAUUACUGUAAAUAUGAACUGUUUCUUGAUUUUCUUAUCUUUAUUAAUAAAAGUAAAAUGAAAAAAGUUUUCUCACUUAUUUACUUUAUUAUAUUAUAAUUACAUUAAAUUGCAUUAAUUGUUUGUUGCUGCUGGGUGUGAGGGCUGCAAAAGUAUCACACAAAUAAAAGUGCAU